GCCUCAGCCGCCCUCCUCGCUGCCUCGCACACCGGGCGGGCCGGUCCCAGAAGAGACCGCUGGGCGGAGCCAGCCCUGCAGGAGAGCAACAGGCUGGCCCGGCGGCCACUGAAGCCCGGACUGGCGGAGGAGCAGGAGGCAGGCAGCAGCAUGGAGAACAGCCCGCCGGUUUUCGACAAGCCCAAGGUAGAACUUCAUGUCCACCUAGAUGGAGCCAUUAAACCAGAAACCAUUUUAUACUUUGGCAAGAAAAGGAGAAAACAGCUUCCUGCAGAUACAGUAGAAGGCCUUCUACAAUAUGUUAGCUACAGCGAACCUAUCAGUCUCACAGAGUUCCUAGAAAAAUUUACUGUCUACAUGCCAGCAAUUGCAGGGGACCGUGAGGCUGUGGAAAGAAUUGCUUAUGAAUUUGUAGAAAUGAAAGCAAAGGAAGGUGUAAUCUAUGUUGAAGCCCGGUACAGCCCUCACCUCCUAGCCAACUGCAAAGUGCAUCCUAUCCCUUGGAACCAAGAAGAGGGAGAUCUAACUCCAGAUGAAGUGGUUAGCCUUGUUAAUCGGGGGUUAAAGGCUGGAGAGAAGGCUUUCAACAUCAAAGCCAGGUCUAUUCUAUGCUGCAUGCGUCACAUGCCAAGUUGGUCACUGGAAGUGGUGGAACUGUGUAAGAAGUAUCAGAAUGAUACAGUGGUUGCUAUAGACUUAGCUGGUGAUGAGUUGUUAAAUGCUGAGACCUACCCAGAUCAUCGGAAGGCUUAUGAGGAAGCUGAAAGAUGUGGCAUUCAUCGAACUGUUCAUGCUGGUGAGGUUGGGCCACCCCAGGUUGUCAAGGAGGCAGUCAACAUCCUAAAGGCAGAGCGAAUUGGCCAUGGCUACCAUGUCUUGGAAGAUGAAAGUCUAUAUAAACAGCUGUUGAAAGAAAAUAUGCAUUUUGAGAUCUGCCCUUGGUCUAGUCACCUCACUAGUGCAUGGCAAACCAGUUUCUGUAAUCAUCCAUUAGUAAGGUUUAUGAAAGAUGAAGCAAAUUAUUCCUUGAACACGGAUGAUCCACUCAUUUUCAACUCCACAAUUCACACGGACUACAAAAUAGCUCACAAUUGCAUGGGCUUCACUGAGGAAGAAUUCAAGAGGCUGAACAUAAAUGCUGCCAAGUCUAGCUUCUUGCCAGAGAAAGAAAAAAAGGAGCUUCUCUACAAGCUGUAUGAAGCCUAUGGGAUGGUACAAAGCACAGAGUUCUGAUCCAUAUGAUGCCCUCU